AUGGUAAUGGGUGCAGCCACUAUUGUAAUUGAGAAAUUGGAAAGGUAGGAUACAGGAGGGAGUUUAAUGGAUAUCUGCAAGCAACGAUAAACCAUUGCUAACGAAAAAACGAUUCUGAAAGGAGUUCAGUUGAUAGUUAUGCUUUUUCAACAAUAUAUAUGUCAUAUUAUGGUAAAAUAAUUAAAUAGGCAUUAUGUAUUUUCUUUAAUAAUAUUUGUUUCAUAUUGAUCCAAUUUUCCCGUUUUCCUACGUUUUUCCUGGUUUUCCCAUGUUUUUUCCUGGUUUUUCACAUUUGCUGGAAAAACUCUUGAGAAAACCGAGAAAUGACCCCCUUAAAGUUUCCCAGUCAGAUUUCCUUUCAAAAAAAGUGCUAUCAUUGUAAAUCAGAACAAAAUUGCUGGAAGAAAAGUUGUAGUUGAAGUAUCAAAUGUUGCCCCUUUUCUGAGAGUGAAUUGUUUCUAGUUGGUGUAUUAAGAAGGUAAUUUUUUUUAUUUUCCAAGAAGUUUUUAAAAUAAUUAAGAAAAACCCGAAAGAUAAUUAUUGGAAAAAUGGCAAGUAUUAACAGCACGCCGCGGUGUUACUGAUUUUAUUGUUUUUUUUUUUUUAAACGAUGUUUUCUACCAAAAAUAUUGCUCCUACCGAAAAAAAAAUUACAAGAGAUCUAUUUUUUUCCUUUUAACAUAUGGCCAAUGAUAAACUGAUAGAGAAAGUCGUUUUUGAUAUCCAAAGCAGUUUUCAUUGAGAUAAAACAAAAAAUUAAAAUUGAUUAAUAUUUACAGUGACGUAAUGUCCCGGUUUAAUUAAUCAAAUUUGUUAUUAAAAUGAUAUGACUAAAAAUAAUUCUUUAUUACAAAAUAAAGACUGUUUAAUAAUUAUUCACGUAUGUCUUUACGUAUUAAUUAUAUAAUACACGAUUUACAUUGUUAAUUUUGAUAGGUAUAAUAGUUUAAAUUUAUCUUUGAAAUUUGAGAUUAUUACAUUAAUUCGUUAUUAAAUUAUAGUAAAUUCAUAAUUUCAGCUAUUUAAAUAAUGACCAUAGCAUAUUAUUAUACAAUGUUAUCAUAAUAAUUUAUGUAGCAUCAAGUUUUCUCAAGUAAAAUAUAAAAAUUAUUUGUUGUAAAACUAUCCAGUAUAUUAAAUUGUUAUUACAUUAAUUAUUUAUUUAAUAUUAUAAUAUGAAUAUUGACUAUCACUGUAAUUAAGUUCGAUAAUUCUCAGUGUCUUUAGUGUUCUUACACAGUUCGAAAUCACCAUUGAAUCACGUCGUCAUAAAAACACCGAAGAAAAAUACAUAGAAACAAGUCUACAAAGCAAGUAAGAAAUAUUUGUAUAAAUAAAUGAAAAAUGUUUAGGUCAUUUUAGAUUCUGAGUGGAGCAAAGAAGCUUAUAGUUUUAAUUAUUAUUAUUAUUAUUAUAUUUUUUAUAACUUUUCUACCAGAGGACUUGCUCGGAUUUCUACGUAUAGCACUUUUUCUGAAAGGAAAUAAGCAUGGGAAAGUACUUUAAAGAGGUCAUUUUUUGAUUUUCUCAAAAGUAUUUCGGAAAAAGUGUAAAACCGAGAAAAUCGUAGGAAAAUUAGGAAAAUUGGUUCAACAUUAAAUACAUUUUGUUAAAGAAAAUAUACAAAGCCUAUUUAAUUAUUUUACUACAAAAUGACAUAUAUAUUGUUGACAAUGCAUCACUUACAACUGAACUACGCUCAGAAUCGUUUUUUCGUAAGUAAUGGUUUAUUGCUAUUUACAGAUAUACAUUAAAUUCCUGUCUAUAUCCUACCUUCCCAACUUCCCACCUACACCAGUGGCUACACCCGUCCCCAUUAUCUUACCAUUCUUUUUCGUUUUUUAUUUAUUUAUUUAUUUAUUCGUUUUAAUAUUUCAACUAAACCGAUCGAAUAGAUAUUUGACCUAACCUAAUCUAAGCUAAUAGAAAUGUAUUUUAUACAAAAACUUUGAAAUAAGAAAAUUAUUUUAUCAUAAGAUAUUAUUCACGAAAAUGUGAUCAAAAUAAGUUAAUAGAAAAUUUUAUAGCCGAAAUGUAUUUUAGUCAAAAUAUAUUCCAUCUGAACCAUAUUUUAUCCGACAAAUUUUAAUCAGAUAUUUUUGGUAACAACUAUCAUUAGCUUAUUACAAACAUAUUAAGAAGUAUUUUAUUAUUAUUAUUUUAUUGUUAUUAUUUUAUAAUUGUACUUAAAUUGUUUUAUAUUGUCAGAAGACAUAUACAAAUGUUUAAAAGAUACAAUAUCGUAAAAAAUACAUACAUUACAAUAUAAUUCUGUAUUAUACAGUUUUUGAGUGAAAAAAUAAUUUAGGUAUAGGUAUUAUCUAUAUAAGUAAAUAAGUAUAAUGCUUUUAUUUCUACAGUUCUGCGUAUAUGAUAUGGGAGCAUGUUGCCAAGUUUUAAAAAAGAAUAACGAAUAUAGUUUAGUUUAAUAUAUAUAUAUAUAUAUACCUAUUACUUAUAAGUUAUAGAACUUAUAAGGAAAUAAAUAUUAAUACAUUAUAGAUAAAUAGUAGAAAACAAAACUACAUUAUAUAGUAAUAAAAAAAAAUAUAUAUAGUAUGAAAUAUUUCAAAAAGACUUCAAACACUACAUACCUAUACGUUUCUGAAAAUAUAUUUUUCAUUUAAAAUAUUGUUCGAAUUCCAACGAAAUAUUUUUGGACAUUUUACUAGUUCCCAUUAAAUUCACAGCCCUAGUUAUUAUAUUUUAAAACACAAAAUUUAUUUCUAAGUAGGUAUUUAAUUUCAAUUGUACCAAUAUAAAUAUAAUAUUCAUAUUAUUUCUUCUAAUAGGUUACAACCAGUCAAUAUGUAUAUCAAAGAGCUUCUACUUAUCACCAUUAUUGCUGCAAAAUUCACUCUCGGACUCGUUCUUCACGAUGGCAGCCCUGAUUUUCCAUUGCCAUUAAAAACAAAACAGGUACUAAAAUACAAUUGUUGCAAAAACUAUUGAAACAUAUCCAGUUUAUUCCAAUUCGUGUCUUAUAUCUGUUGAUUAUUUAUAACAAAGUGUUCCGUGUUUUAAGACACCCAAGUUGAGAAUGGGGGUUAUUUUUCAAUAUUUUAGAAUUAGGUAAUGCUAGAUUUUCAGAGAUUCAGCAGAAACUAUCUUUCACUUUUCCAAUGGGAGGAGAAGUAACAGAUUUAAAAAAACGGACUAACUUCGCAUAAUUGAUGCAGUGACUGUUAUUGGUCAGAAGUUGGGAAUGGUAGAUUAUAGACGGGAAUUUAAUGUUUAUCUGUACGUAACGAUAAGCCAUUGCUAACGAAAAAACGAUCUUGAGUGGAGUUUGGUUGAUAGUGUUGCUUUAUCAAUAAUAUAUAUUAUAUAUGUUAUAUUAUGGUAAAAUAAUUAAAUAUUUUCUUUAAUAUUAUCAAUUGUUCAAUAUUUUACCUAUUAUUCCCAUAUUUUAUCCCAGUUUUUCCCAUUUAUUGGUAAAACUCUUGGGAAAAUCAAAAAAUGACUUUCUGAAAGUACCUCCCUAGUCAAAUUUCCUUUUAGAAAAAGUGCUAUCAUUGUAAAUUGUAAAUCGAAAAUUGAUGGCAGAAAAGUUGUCUACAGAAAAAAAAAAAAUAAAUAAAUGACAUCAUUGUAAAACCAAUAUAUUCCUCGUUCCACUCAGAAUAUAAAAAGAUCCAUCAAUUUAAAAUCAAAUACAUUUAAUAUGCUCGGAGUUAUUAACCUAUAGACCAAUUUUUCCUCGGCCCCCGUUUAUCGGUUAUCAGUGUCGGAACUAGAAAUUUAGAUUUCCGGGAAUAAAAAUACUGUACACCCUAUAUGAUAUUUCACUCUCUCCUUAAGACCCCUAAUAUUUAUAAAAUAUAAAAUUAUUUUCUCCUUGUCUUCUAUGAUACUAAAAAUUAAAUUUAAGAUGGAAAUAUCAGUUUUAAAAUAUAGUUUUUUAAAGUACAAUUUUUUUUCCUCUCACUCACCUAUCAAAAAAACGUAUACAGUCAAUAUUUUAACUGAUGCAUAUGCUCAGUUGCAUAUGCUCAGAUGCAUACUAAUUAUCAUUAUUAAAAAAAAAAUUAAAAUUAAAAAGAACAAAAGUUAUUUCAGUUAUCAGAUAUCCGUAAUACACCCUGUAUCCUUAAAAAGUAGCACGUCAGUAUGCCCUUCAGCAUUAUCAGUAUUUAUAUUUAAUUAUAUUAUUUGUUUUUAACUUAUUUUCUAUAUUAAAUUACAUUGUAUCAGGUACUUAUGUAUACGGGUUUUUUUUUUUUUUUUGUAGUUUUCACUCUUGCUUUUCUAAAUUUGAUAAUGUCACAUAACUACCUAGAAAGCGUUUUUAAACAAGAAAUUAAAUCAACAGUUGUCAGUUAUUAUAACAGUAAUUAUUACUCUAUCGUCAAUGCAUUGCUCUCAAAAAGGUAUACGACAUAUCUAUAUAAAUAUUUAAAAAAUGAUAGAUAAUUAGGAUAAAGAAUUUGUCUGAUUCGUUCAAUUUUUUUUUUAUAUUGUAUUUUUUAUAUACCUAUGACUAUAAUAAAGAAACUAUAUACAUAUAAGUACCGUAAUAUAUAGAAUGCCAUUUACGUUAAUAAAAAACAUCAUGUUUAUAAUUAAUGGAAAGUGAAUGAUUUAUAAAAAAAAAUAGAAUACAUUUUUUUUUUUUUUUAAUAUUAAUUACCUGUGUUUACAUAGUUUUUAUACAUAAGAAUGGAAAAAGUUCCAAGUUUCAAGUGUUUAAACAUUAAGUAUAAGUUAAUAACUCGAAAUUGUUAAGCAUAGAUAGGUUAGGUUAGGCUAUUGAAAACAAUUGUAUCAUACAGUAAAAAAUAUUUUUUAUUGCAUACCCUUGUGCAUUGUUCAUAAUUAUUUUGCUGAAUUAAUAAUUUAAUGAAUCAUCAAACAAUUCAAUUAUAGUUAAAUCAUGGUCUACAAGUCGGUUUUGAAAAGUUUAAUUUAAAAACAAAAUAAUACAGGAUGGUUCACUAAAUGUGCUUGCUCCAUUGUAUUUGGUUAAUUUUUGCACACAUUCAAAUUCUGAUUUUUGGCAUUUUCAAGUGUAGUUAAAGCCAAUAUUUUCGAUUUGGUGAUACUAACUUUGGUUUUUCGAAUGAGAAUCAAUACUAAAAAAUCUAUAAAUAGAUGGUAUAGGUAUUUAUUUAAAUGUUGGUGUUUAAAUUGCUGAUUUUCAUCAAGCCAUUGACGAGAUAUUCCACUUUUAAUUUUAGGUAAGGGGAAAGUAUAGUGGAGUACUAAUAAACACCACAUGCUAAAUGAUCCGUGGUCUAUAGAUAUACAUUAUUAGCGCACACGCAGAAUAUUCACGUUCAGUUCUGCAUUUAGAUUUUCUUUUGGAUAGGUCAUGGGAGUUUAGCAUAGGAGAACAAACAUUUUAGAUUCUGAAUAGAGUGAGGAAUGUAUUGAUUUUACAAUGAUGUUUAUUUUUUAUUUAUUUUUUUUUCGGUGUACUACUUUUAUACCAGCAAUUUUGCCCAAUUUAUAAUGAUAACACAUUUUCUGAAAGAAAAUCUGACUGAGAAGUUAUUUUAGAGAGGUAGUUUUUUGAUUUUCCCAGGAGUUUACCCAAUAAAUAAAUGAGAAUAACCAGGAAAAAGUAGGAAAAACGGGAAAAUAGGUACAAUAUUAAACAAAUAUUAUUAAAGAAAAUAUAUAAUGCAUAUGUAAUUAUUUAACCAUAAAAUGACAUAUAUAUUGUUGACAAAACAACACUAUCCGUCUAUCCACCGAACUCCGCUCAGAAUCGUUUUUUCCUUCGUCAGCAAUGGUUUAUUGUUACUUACACAUAUACAUUAAAUUACCUAUAACAGUGGCUGCACCCGAUAUCACCAAUAUCCUAGGACACGUUUUUAUAGUUUGAGGUUACAAGGAGUCUUGUCCAUAGUUUGUAAAAAUAAACAACAGUUCUAUUUUCUAUAACUUUAAUUAAAUAAUUUGAAUUAAUAUUUUACAUAAAUAUAAAUAUUAAAAAUAAUUUGAAAAUAAUUGAUAAUUGAGUAAUUUAAGAAUAGAAUAUUCUUAGUGAUGGAACAACAAAUGAUUUUAGUACCUAGUUUUCUGAAAUUAUAAUAAUCUGAACCAAAAUGAUUUCCAUAUCAAUUUAUUAGGUGUAGCAUUUGAUAAACCCAAAGCCUCAUUUACACCAUUUACGCCCCUAUAUUUCAUAUUUCGAAAAUCUAAGUAAAAAAAAUAUUUAUACUAUAUAUAUUAUAUUUUCAAGUAGGUUAGAAAUUAGUAAUAAUAAUUACAGGUAUUAUCCAUAGCGAAUUUACGUCAUUAAAAAUUAAUACUCACCAUUUGGAGAUAUUAAUGUAAUUAUUAUUCGUAGCAUUUUUUAUCAAGAUAAUCUAAUUUUAAAUUUUAAUUUCGGAGUAAUAUACAUUCAUAAAAGUUGUAAUCGGAAGUGCUUAUAUUCGGAGUUAUAUGUUCGAUGUAUAUGAAAGUAGCAGUAUAUUUGUUGCAAACUAUCAACCCGUUUAUAUCAUUAGAGUAGGUAUCUCUAUGGUUCAUAGUGGGGUCAUAAAACUUUUUCAUUCGAGAGCCACAUGAAAUAUCAAAAGACCGUAGCGGGCCAAAUUGUAUGAACACAUAUACUUUUUAAUUUUAUAGAAAUAUAUAUAAACUUAUAAUUAUUCAAAAAAGAAUUCUUAUCAUACUUAAAUAAACUUAAUAUCAUUUUAAUAAAUAUUGUUAUUAAAGAGACGUAUGAAAUUGAUAUUUUUCUGUUAACAUUUUAUCAAAUUGAGGUUCAAUAUUACUGGUUCCAAUUUUCAAAUAUUGACUUCAAAUGUUUGUCAGGCAUGGCCGAUCUAUAUUUUGAUUUUAUGUAUUUCAUUUAAGAAAUAAUUUGUUCACACAAAUAAAUGGUAGCAUAUAUAGAUACAUGUUCAAUUGCUAAUUUUUUUAAAUUUGAAAAAUAUCCUUUGAAGGGUCGGUUAAAAUUUGUUUGCGGGCCGGAUGUUUUAUUUUAAAAUGAUUUUUAAUUUUUUACUCUUAUUCCAUAUACUUUAAAAAAGUACUUACGUAUACUUCAAAGGGGACCUUCCCCCCUUUUGAACAGAGAAUAUUUUUCUGGACAUUUUGAUACGUGUAACACUAAUAUAAGAUUUACCGUUUAUGAAUUUUAACAGUUUAAAGUUUAGACCGGAGGAGUAAGGAAGAGUUAGGGAACUUAACCGUGAUAUCAAGUAUCAAUUAAUAUUUUAUCAAUCUGAUACGACUUAUCAAAAUAAUUAUUCUCAUAUUAUUAUUACUCUAAGGUCUCACACAUUUAAAUUUCAAUUACUAAUCUAUCUAAUUACUAAUAUACCUAAUUACUAUUCUAAUUCAUUAUAUUAUUAUUUAUACAUAUAUAUAUAUAUAUACUAUUUAUAUUUAUUUUUUAAACAUUUGUCUAUUUAUUACAAAUAAAUCAUGGCUAAGGCUCUUAGAAAAGCUGCUGGAUUUGUAAUUUAUAGAAAAACCGGUGAUAAAACAAUUGAAUACCUACUUAUGCAAGCUUCUUAUGAAAAUCAUCAUUGGACUCCUCCAAAAGGUAAAAUUAUUCAACAGAAAAUUCAAUAAGCUUUAUUAUUGGUUUAUGUACACUAUAGGUCACUUGGAGAAAAAUGAAUCUGACAUGGAUGCAGCUAUUCGAGAAACUGAAGAAGAAGCCGGUAUUAAAGUGAAAAGCAUUGAUAUUCGCCAAGAUUUUAAAAAAGUUUUAACGGUAUUAAUAUAUUAAUAUUUUUAAAUUAAUAUGUUAUUGUACAAACAAUAUUACAAUUACCUAAUCAAAUUCAAAACAUAAAUAAAUCUUUAACCCAUAUCUGAAUCAUAGUAAAUACACAACAGAUCAAAAGAAUAGUUAGGAAGGUUACAUUAAAAUCAUUAAUUUAUUAUCAUCAUUUACUUUAGUAAUUGAAGAAUUGUCCCGAUUAAGUGCUUGUCCUAAUAUUAACUGUUGACUCUAUUAAACGUUGUCUUCUGUAAUUUUAAUAAUAAUGUUGCUGUGUAAUAUGAUGAUCAUAUUAUCAGACCUAAUAUUUGAAAUUUGAUUUACACUUAUUAUUGAUACAUUUUUUUUUUCAGUAUGAACCAAAAGAUAAACCAUUUACUAAACAAGUUACUUAUUGGUUAGCUUAUUUAAUUAAACCUGAUACGCCAGUUAUAUUAUCUCAUGAACAUCAAGAUUACAAAUGGUUGUCACUGGUAGAAGCUAAAGAAAAGGUUGCAUAUCCUGAAAUGCAAAACUUAUUAGAUGAAUGUGAAAACUACUUAACUAUUACUAAUUUUAAAUAG